AUCAUAUAUAAUAAAUUUCAUUUCUAAAUAUAUUUUUCAUUUCUAGAACUAUAUAACAUGUACUCUAAGCAAAGUAAACUUAUAAUUUUAAUAAAACUUUUUUUGAUCAACAAUAAAACUUAUAAUAAACAUAAAAACUGAAGAAAAGUUAGAAACCAAAAUUCUAUCGCUGUACGAAAUGAGAUUAUAAACAAAAAUUCCAAAACAACUAAGAUUAAAGAAUAAAACUUAUUCUGUCAGUUGAGAAAAUAAAUUAUAACAACCAAAAAAAUUCCUAUUGGCUGAUUCACAAACACAAGGAUCAAGCUUUUCACUAUCGGAUGAGACUGGAUCCAAUGGACCAAAGUUAUUCCUUUUCUUCAGAUAUCCAUACAUAUGCUUUCUUCACUGCUGGCCUCCUCAUGAUCAUCUCUUCUCUUUCGUCAGAAGAUCUCUCCUCCAUGUCUCUCCACCCUCGCAAGAUCUCUGCCUUGAUCUCUCUCCAUCUUCUCUACUGCCCUCCGUUAAUGGUCGUUUAUUAUAAGUCUUACUUUCAUCAAUCAUCAUCUCUCUUCUGCAUGGUUUGAUUUUGGUGUCUCACCAUUUGAUGUCAUGCUCGCUGUCUCACCACCACUCCACCACGGUGGAGGAUGCAGAAGAACCUUGAUGGUGGAGGAUGCAGAAGAAGCUUGAUGGUGGAGGAGACAAGCCAGCCGUGGUCGCAGUGGCUGUUGGAUCAAUUAAAUGCCUUUGGGCUUUAAUGAUAUUAUGAAAAGGAAUGACAUGGGCUUUGUACAAACAAACCCAUAAGUAUGUAAUAAGAGGAAUGGGAAAGAGUCCCACAUCGGGGAAAUGGAGCCAAGGAGAGUAGUAUAUAAUUGUAUCCUCUACUACCUUGGUUUAAACGGCUCAGUAGGAGAGACGGCUCUCCAUGCGUUUGCCGCCGCUGGUCGGUUCCGCGUGGGCUUGUGUUUGGUGGAGGGCCUCAGGAACUAAAUUAAUCUCGAUGUUUUGCCAUUUAAUUUCCUAAACAACGGCAUGCAUAUUAUUUUAAACAACACGUUGUUCGUUUAAAAACACUUGCAGAUGAAGUUUUGGAACGAUUUGCCUCCGAGAUCCUCGCGAGAUUUCCGCCAACGUGCGCACGUGCUGCAUCAGUUACGGAAAGUGGCUCGCCUUCUCCUCUUUAUAAACUCGUCUCCUCCUUCAUUUUUCAUUACGUUUUUUCACAACCAAAACCAUCAAAUCCUAUAGUGUAAGUCUAGAUAGUGUUUCGUAGAAAUAUUGGUUCGUUAGAGGUUCUUCACGAGUGUCGCGUGAUGACCUAUCAUGGUUUUAUCCUGGGACUCAUAUUCGUACUGAUCCCUCGCACUAACGGAGAGAAUAUUAAGAGUUAAGGAAAGAGAUUCGUCUCGACUCGAUGGUUUCAUUUUUCGUUACGGUUUUGAAUCGUCUAUAUAUUUUCCUUAACAUCGUUUAUAUUAUAUCAUUUCUUUUGAUCCGGUUUUUCGGCUUCUACAAUCUUAACUCUUAUUUCGCUUUCUAUCUAAACCGUUUGAUCGGGUUGAAAAACGAUUAAUAAAAAACGGGUUUUGGAACCGUUGUUGCAAUUUGCUUUCUAGCACUUCCGCGAAACGUUUGUUCUUAUUUCAGAACCGUGUUUGCGAUUUGCUUUCUAGCACUUCCGCGAAACGUUUGUUCUUAUUUCAUAACGGGGUUUGCGAUUUGCUUUCUAGCACUUCCGCGAAACGUUUGUUCUUAUUUUAUAACCGUGUUUACGAUUUGAUUUCCAGCACUUCCGCGAAACGUUUCUUGUUUAUUUCAUAACGAUUUGUGGAUUGCUUUGUAGCAUUAUCGCGAAACGUUUUUUGAUAUACGAUUCUUAAAACAAGAGUAUACGAAUCGUUUCCAUAACCGCUUCCUUAAGUGAGUUUAUGAAACAUUCUAAGUCUACACAAAACGGUUUCUGCGAACGCUUUUCUAAGCGAGCUUGCAAAACGUUUUUCCAGACGUAUAUCGAUAUGAUUUGGUUCAAACACCAAAAAUGAACAUUGAUUUUAGACUAUUAUUUUCUUUAAAAUAAUAUGUUAUUUGUUGAAUGGAGUACUAAUCCGUUUUAAUGUUUUCUCUACAGAAAAAUGACAAACGAUAACAACACCCCCAUUGACACCACCAAUGUCACAACAACUCCACUCAACUUUGCAGCCACUGAUGCAACUGUGACAACUGCUGGAAACAUCACAGUGUCAACCGCUGCAGCAACAACAAGCACUAUCCUCCCUGCAGGAAAUGCUGCUGAUGAUACCACUCGCUGUAGCCUAUUCGGUGCUGGUCUUUAUCAGACGGGUUCAGUUUCAGCAACCGCAAGUGGUCCGGUGGCAGUUCAAACUCCUCCGUCUGUCCCUAGCGUGUUCACUCAAGGACUGAUGCCAGACAAGUUUGAUGGCAAAGGCUUCAAAACGUGGCAGAAGAAGAUGAUGUUCUUCCUGACAACGAUGAAGCGGGACAAGUUCAUCCAGGAGGACAAGCCUCUUAUUCCUUACGGGAUUGAUGAUGUUCAAAGUCUCGCAACUGUUGACAUAUGGGUGCAUUCUGACUUCAUCUGCAAAGGUUACAUUUUAGGUCGUCUCAUUGACCCAUUGUACCGUGUCUACUGUGAGAUCCCCACGGUAUGGAGAUUACUGGACAAGAAGUACAGAGCUGAGGACGCUGGCUGCCAGAAGUAUGUGGUCUCAAAAUUCCACGACUUCAAAAUAGUGGAUUCAAAACCGAUCACGGAUUUCAUUUGCCAUGAAAUCGCUGCUGAAGGAAUGUCCAUCUGCGAGACAUUCACAACUCUCAGCUUCAUUGAAAAGCUUCCUCCAAGCUAUGCGGAUUUCAAGAACUACUUGAAUCACAAGAAGAAGAAGAUGGGGCUCGAGGAGCUCAUCAUGAGGCUUCAGAUGAAAUCCAGAAAUCGAACUGCUGACAAGGUCACUACUAAGGAGCACAGUGUCAACAUGGCUGAGCACAAAGGCAAAGGAAAGGCACACGCCCAUUCUCCUGCCAAGCCUUCCAAAACUGCUGCAGCCCUGAAGGCUUCUGGAAAAAACUUCAAGAACAAAGGCAUUGAUAUCAAUGCGAAUGCGAAUGUGGAGAAGUUCAAGGGGAAGGGUCACUACUGCCACAAAGUGGGACACAAGACUGCUGAGUGUCGUAGCAAGAUUAGAGAUGAGAAGCAUCAAGCGAAUCUCACUGAGGAGGAUCUCGUUGCAAUGGUGACUGAGGUCAAUGUGGUUGAAGGCAGCAACCCCAAGGAAUGGUGGUAUGACACAUGAGCGAACACCCACAUUUGAUAGUGCGAUGUUUAGAACUUAUCAGAAAAGCAAGACUAAGGAGAAGCUGUUCAUGGGAAACACUGCAGUCUCCAAUAUUGAAGACCGCGGAAAUGUGGUUUUGAAGAUGACAUCAGGACGUGAAGUCACUCUGACGAAUGUGAAGCAUGUGCCUAACAUGGGGAAGAACUUGGUCUCGGGAACCUUGCUCAGCAAGAAUGGAUUCGCCACAAGUCUUGAGGCGGACAAGCUCGUGAUUAAGAAGAAUGGGAUGUAUUUGGGAAAGGGGUAUGUUAAGGAUGGACUUGUCAAGAUGAAUGCAAUGACAGUCCCUCCGAAAGUUGUAGCUCCAAUUGUUUCAAUGAAUAAGAAUCCGGUUGCUUAUUUGGGUGAGUCUUUUAAUGAAAGAUUAAGCCAUGUAAACUACAAAUCUAUACAAAGAUUAAUGAAUUUAAA